UUGCUUAUGGGACCCGAGCUCGGCUUGCAGGCUUUUACCCAUUUAUGGCCGGUGUAGAGCAUGCGGUUGCUGCACGGGGCCGGAAGGCCAGCUGACCUCUCCCAUCGCACACCUCGGUGGAGUAUAAAUGGCCUCAAAACGUCACUCAGAGCCUCUGGAUGCCAUCCUUUUUCACAAGCUACCUCGGCUGGAGGCCGAACCCGACCCGGGCAUCCCCUCCAUUCCCUGCAAACCCAACCCUGUGCUCACAGCUGGCCCCGAAACCCACCUCGGCUACAAGGGCUCCUACUUCUCCUGCCCACAGGCAGAGGGACAACUCCUACACUGCCUGCUCCGCCAGCCCCACAGCCCCACGGUCAGACCGGGUGCUGAGCAGGGCAAAAAUCACCCCAUGUGGGACCCCCUGGUGGCACAGGACAAGUGGCCCAGCCAGCAGGGCCACCCCUUCCCCCUGAAGAAGCCACCAGCCGUCCCCAAGCCCGUGUAUGCAGCCCCACUUUGCUUCUCACCGCUGAGCUCCCAGGGAGGUGAUGCCCUGCAAAGGGGGCCGGGGGCCGUGUCUGCUGUGCCCCCACCCUCCCCCGUCACCCUCUCCCACUAUUACACUGCCUUUGAGAAGUACCGUGGUCCCCCAGCUGUGCAUGACCAGGGGAAGCCACCCGAAAUUCCCACCUGCAUCCCAGACCCCUGGAUGAAGGCACACCGGGAGCAUCCCUCUGCUUGCUACCCACAGCCCCCCUACCCGCAGCCUCCGGGCUCCUUUUCUUACAAAGCUUUCGGCUUCAUGGUGAAUGGGAAAUCUCCCCUUUUUCCCAGCACUUACCUUAAGCCCCCAACCCCCCAGAGCCACUAUCCCAGCCCCUUGGAUUGCUUUGCGUCGAGGCCGGCCGCUCCGGGCACGCUGCCCUCUCUGAAAGCAAUGGGACCACCAAGGGAUCUUGAGCCUCCACCCCUGCCUCCAGCUCCUGGGUACCUGCAUCCAAAUCCUGGAUUCGCCUUCAGCCCCAUGGAUGCUGUGUUGUUUACGGAGGAUCACAGCGAUGGGCGAAAGGCACCGCUGGAAGCCCAUGGAGGGAGGGUGGUGACGAGGCACAGCAGCGCCUUCCACCCCAUCCACACCCCACAGAAGACACCUGAUGGGCUGUUGGGGCCGUUUCCCAAAGGAGAGGCUGGCUACAGUCUGGAUAAGGCUUUGACGGCCAACCCCGUCCCCUGCCAGCAGCAGGUGGUCAAAGCUGGGGUCGGGGAUGCCACCAAGGAGCACUUCAUCCCUUGUAGGGCCAUCUGUCCCCAGGAGAGGCUGAGGGACCGACAGAGUGGUGAUGUGUCCCCCCCUUCCCCACCGAUGCCAGUGAUCAACAAGGUCUUCAGCCUGGCGCCUUACCGGGAGUACCUGGAGGGGACCGAAGGCUCCACUGAUGUCCCCAAGGAGCAUCCACAAGGGGAAGCAGCCACACCACAAAACUCAAGCAGCGGUCAGGAGCCUGCUGGCAUCAAGGCGACAUCCAGCUCGCUGCGUGGUGAAGGGGAGAGUUGUCACCAAAAGAUCCCCGAAGGUCCCAAGACAAAGCCCGUGUCCCCAGAGCCACCAGCAGGAAGUCACCCAGGGCUUCAGGACAGCGGUGGGGAGCCAAUCCCUGGUGAUGUGGCACUGGACUUGAGCUUGAAGAAGAGCUUGGUGACAACGGGGAGCACCCGCACAGAGGGGAUGUUGGACCCAGGGGAGAAAGAGGGGCCACUGGGGCAGGUGGAGGUGGCUGAGGACACCAAGGUGCCACUGCAGCUGGUGGAGGCGGGUGGGGACACCAAACCCCAGGUGCCACCCAACCAAGUGGAGGUGGGUGAGGACACCAAAGCCCAGGUGCCAGCGCAGCUGGUGGAGGUCAGCUCUAAGGACAGGAGCCACUUCCAGAGCUCAGCUGCCUUCAUGUUCAAGAAAUACAAGAUCCUCAAGUCCUGGGGACCCCCCGGUGCCCCCCAGCCCAGCUCUCCGCCACACACGUGGCAGGGCUCCCCCAGCACCUCUGUCCCACAGGAGCCUUGCCACAACACGAAGCCUGUGGACACGUCACCAGCCCUGCCCCAACCCCCCUUGCCCACCAGCCCCUGCCACAUCCCAGCCCAGCCAUGCGUAGUCAACCAGGGUUUCUCUGCCUUGCACAUGUCCCUGUGCAGCAUCAUCUCAUGCUCGGUAUCCGCGUCCUCCCCGGAGCUGCUGCGGGACUGGCUGAGGAGGACAGAGCUGGGAGACACCCUGGCAGAGACACCCAGAUCCCUUCCUAAAACCAAAAACGGCUCCAAACUCCCUGAGCCUCAGAAGCCCCCGAAAGGCAAGGAGAUCUGGCUGGCAUUCCGCAAUGCAGCCGCUCUCCUCAGCAAGCUCCUGGCUCAGCUGGAGGCUUUUGCCUUCACCCGCAAGUGUCCCUUUCCCUACGUGCUGCGGGCAGGUGCCAUCUUCAUCCCCAUCCACGUGGUGAAGGAGAAGCUCUUCCCCGAGCUCCCCGGGGCCUCUGUGGACCAGGUGCUGCAGAAGCACAAAGUGGAGCUGCGGCCCACCACGCUCUCUGAAGAGAAGCUUCUGAGGGAGCUGGAGCUCAAGGGCUGCACUUCACGCAUGCUGAAGCUCCUGGCUCUCAAACAGCUCCCUGAGAUCUACCCAGAUCUGCUGAACCUCCUGUGGCACCACUCCAUUCAGCAGCAGCUCGGCAGGCUCUCAGCAGCAGGACGGUCCCACCCUGCCCUCGUGUCCCAGUUGCCUCAACUGGAGGCAUCACCACCGACUUUGUGUCUUGCAGGGUCGAGGUCGGAGGUUGGCCAGUAGAGGUGAGUUCUUUUUUUGUGCAUUUAUGGACAUUUUUACAUCUCUAUACCCAUACGGUGCUUAACGUGGCUCGGAGCGGGGAUUUGUGCCUGGGAGGAUUUGGGUAUGGGGAGGUGACCACGCUAACGACCCCAGCAGCUCUGUGCAACCUGCUGCCUUCCCAUUCUGGGCUCUUUUGUCCUUCGGUUUCAUUUUAUCUCCUCAGUGCUAAUUAAUACUUGUCUUUUAUUCAGGAAUUUGACUUCGUCCAUUGACUGCGCUGGACCACAGCAAGGGGAGCGAUGGUGGUGGGGGAAGAGCUUCAGUCCUGGCUGGGAAGGGGCUGCAAAGAAGAACUGAAGGACAUGAAUACCAAAAACACCCCCAAAUGCUGCCGGCACCCAGAGAACGACCCAGGACAGACAGACAGACAGACAGACUGCCUUCCCCCCACCUCACGGUGUAGAACCUUACAGCUCAGGUGUUGCUAGCAGACGAGGAACAAGUUCAGAUGAGGGUUAUGUUAUUAUUUUUUCACUACAGGAGUAUUUAUUUUAAACUAAGAAUAUGGAGAAAAAGGAAAAAAAAACACACCCAUGAUUUUUCAUAGCCAAAUAGGGUCUCUCUCAGCACGGGGAGGCUGCUGCUGUAAAGGAGUUUAGAAAGCAGUGUUUGUUGAUAAGCCUGUAAUGUGGUUUUAUAUACCUAUAGACCUAUGCAUAAAGUCCCAGGGAAGGAAGUUAUGUUGCCUUAUUUAAUGUUUUGUAAGACUGUGAGUCUCCAGAAGCACCUCACCUCAUUAAAGAACUCAUUUUCCAACACCA